CGGCAACGACACGUUCAGAUUAAAUGGGUUAACCGUUAAUGCUAGCUCCCAAAGUGCGUUGAUGUUUGUUUGUUUGUUUUCCGUCAGGCCCCAAGCAGUGUUGGGCUCAAUAACGUUGUUAAAAACUGAAACUUGACCCGUUUAUUUGUUUAUGAUGGAGACUCGACUGUUGCUGUCAAUUGCACUUCAUUAUUUUCGCACCGUCCUCCUCCUGCUCCUGUUCACCUGCGGCUGCCCGCUGAGGUCUCCCCUCGCCUCCUCCAGCGCGCUGCGCAGCCUCGGCGACUCCGGCCGGUUCUCCUACGACAGGAUCUUCUCCCCCCUGUUCAGAGCCCUGUCCGAGCAUGGCCGGUCGAGGUGGACCCCAGACCUGAAGAAGAAGCUUAAACCAGAGCACAAAUAUAUAAAAUAUAUGACGGAGUUUUAUAAGAAGUCACUGAGAGUGCAGAGGAGCUUGGAUGGGAAAAAAACUCACCAUAUUGGCAUACUCCGACUGAUAAGGCCCAAAGAUGAAUGUCCCGUACACAGCAAAGAGUUCACUAUGCAAGACCUUUCCUACAAUCUUGACCAAGUGAAAAAUAAAGAACAGCUUCUCAAGUCCGUCCUGCUCUACUCUGUUGACCGUUACCAUGCAGCUUCUGACUGGUCUGUGUGCUACCUGGAUAUCAAGGAGCAAGAGCACUUAAACCAGUGUCAGCUGUGUCCUGACGCCCAGCACAGAGUCAAUUUCACAAUCAGCACACACACACAAAGGAGGAACUGGCUGGAGGUUGACAUCACCUCUUUUCUCCAGCUGCUCUUGAAGUUUCAGAGGAAGAAUAUGCGCCUGCUCAUCAAUGUGACCUGCCCAGAGGACAGAGGGGCCAGGGCUGCCGGCCGCAAAGGCCCUUUAGAGCUCACCCUGACCCUGAGGCCUCCAUCUCUGCUCCUGCAUCUCAAUGACACCAGCAAACUGUCCCAUCCGAGGUCACUGAUCUCUGCCAAAGCAGGUCAAAGGCCAGCUGCUGCGGCAAAUACAUUUCACAAGCAAAUGGAUUUCAAAUCAGGAUGGAGAAUUGGGCGCAUGAGGAGACGGAGGAGGGAAUCCCCAAAGAGCAAAAGAGGCAGUCAAAGCCUAAAUAUCAGCCUGCCCGACCUACUUCCAAGCUCUGAAUUUCCAACAACUGACUGUGCCUUGUAUGAUUUCAGGGUGAGAUUCAGCCAGCUCAGACUGGAUCACUGGAUUGUUUUUCCACCAAAAUAUAACCCCAGAUACUGCAGAGGCAUAUGCCCGAGGACCAUGGGCUUUAUCUAUGGCUCCCCGGUGCACACCAUGGUGCAAAACAUCAUUUACGAGAAGCUGGACUCCUCUGUACCCAAGCCCUCAUGUAUCCCUUCCCACUACAGCCCACUAAGUGUCAUGAUCUUUGAAGUGGAUGGGUCGUACGUUUACAAGGAGUUUGAGGACAUGGUGGCCACCAGGUGCACGUGUCGUUAAGACAGUGCACGUCCCGAGUGCAGAUGAACUCACUUCAUGUUUCACAAUGUAUUGUCAUUAUCCCACAUUUUAAGUAUGAAAUCUUCUGACCAGGUUCAGCGAUUGCAUGAAUUAUACUCAGAGUCAUCUAGAGCAGGUGUGUUUACUUAAUCAAGUGUGUUGUGUGUUUACUUAAUCAAAGUAUUUUAUCCUAUUGAAAAAUAUAGAGAUAUGGCAUUUAUUUCCUUUUUGUUUACGAUGCGAUACGAUGCAAAUGCAUCUUACCCUUCAACUUACUGCUGUUGUUUGCAACAUAGCAUUGAAUGUGACACACUUGAAGAAGAAAAUGUAUUAUUUAUGAUUUUUUAAGUUAUUUUUUGUUAAUUUAUUUUGGGUGGGUGGUCUGUCAUUAUUCUUUAGCACAACUGGCAAGUUUUAAGUAACCCUGUUCUGGACAAAAGAUGAAAAAGCAGUCCCAUACUCUUAUCAAACCUUUUACAUUUCAUUUUAUUCGUGGAUAUUACAGGUGGUUGUCUUAUGGGCAGCCAUCCUAAUGUCCACAAUGAAAGCUCUGUAGGGAUAACUCAAGGUUUGUGUGUAUUUAUUACUUCUGGUCAUCGAGUGGCUACAUACUUAUGAAUUCGUACUGGUUUGUGUGACAAAAUGCAUGUCACAUCUAUUUAUGCAAAUUGAAUGAAUUGACUGUGUGCCUGUGUUCAGCUCAUGGAUUUUCACAAAGAAAAAGAAUAUUUAGACAUGUUCUUUAGAAAACUGUAAAUAAAAGAAACUAGCAUGCACA